CGUCACACACAAGGAAAACAAUUCGAAGUUAUAGAAGAAAGCACAACGUUGUCGGUUUGAUAUUUUUCCCAAAGUUUCUGUGAUAAUGGCUAGUAAAAGAACAAAAAAGGGAACUCAGAAGAGAGCAAGACGUGCUACGUCAAACGUCUUUGCUAUGUUUGAUCAAAACCAAAUCCAAGAAUUCAAAGAAGCCUUCAAUAUGAUCGAUCAAAAUCAUGAUGGUUUCAUUGACAAAGACGAUUUACACGACAUGUUGGCUUCCCUUGGAAAAGAUCCUACUGACGAAUACCUUGAAAGCAUGAUAAAACUUUCGCCUGGACCUAUUAACUUCACGAUGUUGCUGACAAUGUUUGGUGAACAAAUGAAUGGCACAGAUCCUGAAGAUGUUAUCAAGAACGCCUUUGCAGCGUUCGAUGAAGAUGGAGACGGAAAGAUACGCGUAGAAAGAUUUCGUGAAGCAAUGAUGACGAUGGGCGAUAGAGUCUCGGAAGAAGACGUUGACGAAAUUCUUCGUGGUGCACCAAUCGAUACUAAAACAGGCCUGCUGGAUUAUGUCAGAUUCACUCAAAUAUUGAAACAUGGCAAGAAUGAUGAUUAAUUUACACAAACAAACCUUUUCCUAAUGCGUAUUUUAGAAUAUUUGUCUCAGAGAUGAUUGUCUAUAUGAAAUAUAAGCAUAAUUUUUCACCUGUUUGCUUCAUAUCGUUUCUACUUUUGCAAUCAAUAUUUGUAUUUUAGCGAGAAGGUAGUUUCAUCAUUGAAAUAUCAUAUGCUGGUAUUUUGAGUGAUUUUUGUUUAGUCUUGACAUUCUUGAAGUUUUUCUUACAAUAUAAAUAUGGUCCAAAUGCAAUAACUUACUCAAUGUGAAUUCAAUUUUUCAAGAAAUUGUGUAUUGUAACUUUAAAACCUUGAAAUGGUUGAUGUAUUUUGAAACAAUAAACUAUAUCAUCAUACAA